AUGCAAUGGGACUGUUUCAAAUGCAGAGUCAAAGAAUGUAUCAAAAAAGAUAAAGAUGCACAAGAUUUUUUGGAGAAACAUUCAGCCGAUGAUUCUUCUGAUCAAUUUGACACGAUUGAAGUUAUAAAUGUUACUGAGCCUGUAAAAAAUGUUUUGCAGUUCACCCAAAGUUAUUUAAAUACAGAAAAAAUAGAGAAAGUAGAGUUCGAUUCAAAAACAAAUAAUUCUUUAGAUAAUAAGUCAGAGUUAUUAGUAAAUAAUAGUAUAAAAAACGCUAGCGAUUUUAAUUAUCAUCUCAAAAAUACAACCUCGAAUCCUGAUUUAACUGAAACAAUUACAAAAAACACUUUUAAUAAUGACCAUGCAGAAAAUACAUUAUGUUAUGAUAUAUCACCUAUAAAUGAUGACACAAUUGAAUGUGAUACAAGGAAUAUUUUUAAAGUUCAAUCCAACAUUGAAUCAUUUCAUCAAUUAUCAUCAAACGAUACAUAUAAUAAUUCUAUUGAUAUGGAAAAUGAUAAUAACGACUGUAUAAAUGUGGAAGAUUUUAAUUAUGAAUUACAUUUAGCAAAAGAAAAAAAAAUACUUUCAACAAAUAGAAAGCGUGGAAGACCAAGAAAAAUUAAUGCAAAUAGAAAGCCUGUUGAAAGAAAAAUAUCUAGACUUAAAAGAAAAUUACCUAAUACAAGAACUCAUCAUGUUUUAAAGCUUCCUCGUAAGAAAAGAAGACUUUUGAAAAGACAAUUAUAUACACGUUCGUCUAAAUCUCCUGAAGAAAAUAUUAAAUGCGGUUCAGAUACUUUACAAGAAGAAAAGCAAAUAGAGCUUAUUAAAGAAAUUGAGGUACUAGAGCCUUGUGACAAAUAUAAAGGGUCUUUGCGAAAGAAAAUGUAUCGACGUGAUACAAAUGAUUUUCAUUCAAACAAUUCAGCUCAGAUACAAAAGUUUUCUCAUUUAUUUAAGCCUGCACCAAAACCACCAGUAGAAAUCAAGGAUGGACAAAGGCUAAGUAGAAAAUAUUGCAAAAAAUAUAAUAUAUGUGAUUUAAGAUACGUACAUGUUCAUCGUCAAAGUACAAAAAUUGCACUACCGUUAUACGAUAUGAAUGAAAAUCAAAAUAAAAAUGACAUUACAUUUGAUAUUUUAAGUCUGGUCCCUCGAGAGGUAAUUCCGGUAAUUACAAGUAAUAGUCAACUCGGUUUUCGAGAGGCUAUUAUUGAUAAAAGAUUGAUGAGAUAUAAAAGAGGAGUACCAAUCUUUCGUGUUGGACGCAAAAUACCUGGAGAGUUAAGCUAA